AUGAAUGAAGAUGAAAUAAAGCAGAUGGUUGAAAAAUAUAAAUUGAGAAAAGAGAAUUUCGAUUCCUAUAGACCUAAUAAGAAAUACUAUUUUGAAAAUUCUGAUGAAUUAUUAGCCAAAGCUCAACUCAAUGAAUAAUAAAAUUUCCUUAAAUCAUUUAAUCAUUACUAAGAUCUACCUAGAGCAUCUGUAAAUAUUUUAGGAGCUAGAAGAUAAUGGGAAUUUAUUUCAGGCUAUUUUUUAGUAACAAUCCCAGCCUCAUAUAUCAUUGGAAGAAUAUUAGCAAAUGAAAAAUAUGGGGUAUAUAAUGCAAAUCAUAGAAUUCGAAGAAUGAGAAUAUACACAUAUCUUGGCUUUGCUUUUAUAGGAUUAAUUUAUAUCCCUACAAUUCCUGUUUUUACUCCUUAAAAUUCAGGCGUAUUCUAGCCAUAAUUUUAUGAAAAAAAAGUGUAGAGAGAUCUGGAUCUAAGUUUGAACUUAUAUUAAAAUGUUGACACAAUUAUAAACUCAGAUUAAGAACCAAGUUGGGAUGAUUUCAAAAAAGUGUUAAGGAAUGUUUAGAAAAAAACUCUCAUGAAAGUAAAAGUUUGA